AUGCAGUUAGUUAACUUCUCCAACAGCCGCGUGGAAGUCAGCCGAGCCGCUCCAGCCCUUCAUUUCAUGCGGUGGGAUUUUGGCGCAUCCGGGCCAACAAGCAGAGAAGACACGCUUCUGCCCCGUUUCUCUUUCUUAGAAACUGCGUUUCAUGGAGUCUUCGUGGAAAUUAUUUACUGUCACCGCAGCGGCGAGGGCUGGAGCCAAACCAUUGCGGCAUCACAACAAAGUUACUACAUGAUGAGCAGCCAGUCGAUGCAGACCCUCAUUGGCCCUGUGUUUCGACGCAAGAUGCCAUUACUGGACGGGACCAUAGCAUCCACAGGAAUGUCAAAAUCACAAAACAUGUCUGACUUCCUGGGUAAGCAGAUGCUGCAGUACAGCGGGGCCUACUUUACUUAUGACCCCAGAGGAAAAGACGGAGCACGCUUCACUCCUCCUUGGAGCAACUCAAAGGCCUCUCUGCUGGAUGGCAGAAGUCCUGUGAGUCACCUCUCUGGCAUGGAGGGACAAAACCACGUUAUUUACAGGCAAGAGAGCAGUUCUUUAGAGGAAGGCCAUUCUCAUUCUUCCUCUCUGCCUCACACCCCAGUAAAACAGGGCUUCACAUUAUACACUAAAAGUCCUGGGGUCAGCAGUCCUGCAGCUGCUACAUCCGUGACUGUCAGAAAACAAAAAACCAGAGGCGACAAUUCAUCUUCCCCAUCUGAACACUCAGUUUACUUAGCCAUUCCUAAGCCAGUUUACGGACAUAACCCCUGUUGUAAUGAACUGGGCUGUGUGAUAGGACAACGAUACGGUGUGGAACACGGCUCUCCGAGGAUACCAAACCCUGUGUACAAGCAUGAUUGGAUGCAAACUGACUCUGACUACACUGAAAGACUGCCCCUCCAGAGGAAAGCACAAGACGCACUGCUGCAACAGAGAGGUUUACAGUUUGAGCCCAGUGCAGAACCACUGAAGAGGAUACCUGUGGAGACAUACAGCCCAGGUAGAGCAAGGGCUUUGCCUGCUAUGAUUGAGCCAAACUACAGCAGUUACCCCUGCACCCUGACUCACACAAUGUUUGGUUCUUUAAGUGAGCAGAGCCAGCGUUUACAGACUUCCCCCAGAGGCUACCCAGGCUUAUACCCCUCCCACCCUUCAUAUGAGCACGUGACCUCAGAGGUUUAUCAGGAACAUUCUCCCAUGUCCAAAUAUGGCCAGCUAGCACAGCACCCGAUGUUUUACUACCCCCAGGAAAAUGUGGAGGUACAAAACAGGACACAGUGUAAUGAUAUUGGUAGUAAACAGAGAGAAGACGUUAUUCUCAAACACACGGUCUCAAACCCUCGGCAGCAUUACAUCGUGCCUCAGUCACUUCAUGGUGAAAUUCCUUUGCCGAGCACUGAAACGUUGCCAAAUCAUUCCUUAGUGCGGGGAUUUGACUACCCAUGUUAUGCAGUUCCUAGGUUCAAUUUAAAUGCAAGCCAAAUCAGAGCCCCCCUAAAAAGGCAACAUGCAUCACCUAACUUGCACUCUAAUCGCAUUAACAUUUCCCCGUCCAGCCAAUACAUGGAUCACCCCAUGGCCUCUGCAGCCAACCUACACCAAUCCAAUGCCAGACUGCAUGUCGACCAAUCACACACCAAUUCACCAUUUCUUCAUUUGGACCAAACCAGUCCUACCAGGCGUACAAGCCAACCUGGCAUCUCUCCAUCUAGCACACAGAUGAACAGAUUUUUUCCCCCACUCACCAGCUUGCACAUAGACCGACCUGUUCUUCCACCAACUGGCUUGAACAUGGAUAGACUCUUGGACUACUCCUCCAAUGAAACCCAAGUUCGGUGCCCGAAACAGCCGAAAGGCCUUCCUGUCUCCCCAGCAGCAUGGCGGCCCCGGUCACCCGACCGAGUUCACACAGCUGUACCUAACACUGCAAAUGUCCGAAAAAUUAUUUGUUCCCCUGCUGUUGCACCAGGAAAUAAACACAAUAGCCCUGUGUCCAAUUCAGGCAACAGUGUUCUUAAAGGGAGCCUGAAGAGAAGUAUUUCUCACUCAUCCUCACCCAUCAAAAUAAAAGAAGAAGACAGGGAUUUAUGUGAAAUGGAACUCAUUAAGAAACGACAAAAGGUGCAAAUGGAGAAUGUACAAGUAGGAAAUAAAACUGACUCUCCUCCCAUGCCAGUUAUUGACAACGUCUUCAGUCUGGCACCUUACCAAGCAUACCUGCAGGCCUCUGGAGUGUUAUUUCCAGGCAGAGUACCUCAGAGACCCAUCCAGUCAUCUGAGCACCAUGAAGUCAAAGCCAAGCCAGACAUCAAAGAGAAAAGGCAAGAUCAAGAUAGACAACUGCCCAUUGUCUGCCUAGUUUCCAAGGAAAGCUCUGCAAAUACUCCAACAGAGAAGCCUGUUGUAGAAAUCUUUGAACCCAAAAAUAUUAAAGUGGAAAAAGAAGACCCACCAGACAUCGAUAACUCUGUAGAGACCCCUGUUAGCCACCAGGACUGCAGCAAAGUAGCAAUCAAAAAAGAGCCUGAAGAGAGUGCCUCAUCCAACAGUGGGUACAUGUUGGUGAUAAAGAAAUUUGAACCUGAUGAACUUGAAAGUAAACCGUCAUUAGCAGGUGAAAAUGAGCCUUCAGAUGAGACCAAACCUGGUGAAGCGACUGCACAGAUGAGCUCAUCUCCUCAGGGUGAUGCAUGCACACUGCACGAACAGGCAGUCGACGUUCAACCCAGAUCCACUAGUCCAGCUCAGCCGCCCGAGCACAAACUAAAUUUCAAAAACAUUCCUCCCCAGUGUCUGAAACUUUCCACCUACAAAAUCAUUCUCCAUGACACAAAGCUUUCUAGUCCUGUUCCACCCCAAGAGAAGCCACCAGUACCACUGAUGACUGAAGUCCUACCAAAGGUAGAGCUCCAAAUGCCAGUUCGCAAGCACUUCUUUGAGUUGCACCAGUCCCUCCACAAGUUAGUAUCCAAGUCUGUGUUGGCCUCUUCAGAGCAGGAGCUCAGAGCCUGGCUGACUCAGUUGGACCUUACUGAACCGGCCUCUCCUUCAACCAAAGUCCAGAAGGUGUCCUGUCUGCUGGGGGUAAAAGCCAGAGAGUUGUGUCUCAAUGAUGAGGUAAAGUCAGCACUCCAUAAGCUGCUCGAGAGGCUGAGAGAGUACACUGCCCAGGAGCGUUGUCCUUUUCCACACGUCAUGCGGACAGGGGCAGCGUUCCUGCCCAUGCUGGUGGUGAAGGAGCUGCUGUUUCCGACGGUCCAGGGCGGCUUCAUCGACCAGGUCCUGCAGGAGCACAAGGUGGAGCUGCGGCCCACCACGCUGUCCGAAGAAAAAAUCCUCAUCCAGCUACAUAAACGAGCGUGUUCCUCCAGGCUCCGGAGGCUGAUGUCCCUCAAACACCUGCCCGACAUCUACGCUGACGUGGUCAACCUUCUGUAUUACACCUGUGUCUGCAAACACCUAGGAUUAGAUAUGGAUGAUCCUGCUACCAGAGAAAAAGGUGAAGCUUGUGAGGGGACUCUCAGCUGCAGGACUCCUGUGUUUUACGACAUCACUUUGUCACCAGCCUCACCUGCAGAAGCACAACCACCGAGACAUCCGACGGGCCAGGAAACAAAAUCGAGUUUGAGCAGGAGCAGGACAAAAAGCAGGGUGAAGAGCAGUUCAAGGCGUAUGUUUCUAGACAACAGUUUGUCAGACGAGGAAAAGAUAAAUGACACAGCAAAUGGAGGAGCGCUGAAUGCAUUUAGCAGUAAAAAGUGGAGUGAACGUCACUCUGAAGGGACUGAGAAUGGAGGAAAUGACCGUAUGGAUGCAGAGCAGGAUUCUUCACUCAUUCCACUGAGCAGGACUUCUGAGAAUUCGUGGAUGCGUCCUUUAACCUCGCACGACCUUCCUCCGUCUCCCACUGACCCAGAAAUGGAGGAAUCCUCCAGUCAGCGUCCUGUUAGUCGUUCCUCUGGACCAGCCAAAUCUCCAGUUGGAGCUAACAAUUGUUCAGGUGUGAUUCUCAAACUGAGGAGGAUGUUUAGUGAAGGCCUGAACAGAAAAAAGGCGCGCUACCAAGCAAUCUCGCACUCAGGGACGUUUGCCGAUCCUUCCCUUUCACAAACUGACAAUGGGGAGGGAGCGGUGAGCAGCAAGAUGGACCUCCACAGGAGGACGCCCAAAGUAACCUGCAGGCAGAGAGCAGGAAGCUUCUCUCAUGCCUUAAGACCCCUCAGCAGCUCUUCUAAAAGAAAACACAGAUCACUCUUGAAGAUCAAAUACUGUCCCUACUUGUCCGCCUGCCACAGCGCUGAGCACAGGAGACGCUGGGUCCUGCGUUCGGCCGUCCGGAGGGCUCAGAGAGCCAUGAGGUUUUACUACCCAGACCUGGUGGGAAAGAGGAUUCGCCAUCUGUAUGAAGAAGAUGACAAAUCAGAAGUGUGGUACAGAGGAGAGGUGCUGUGUAUCCACGAGGCCCACGCCAACCCUCUAAAGACUAUAUUUGAGGUGAGGUAUGACAGCGAGCCAGAGUGGAAGUACUACCUGGAGCUGCUGAUUGACUAUAAAAAAGGCUGGCUCAAGAUCGAAGACUAGUUUCCCCACACAAAUGUCUGUGUGCCAGUUGUCUUUUUGGUCACAUCACUGAGUGCAAUGACCAUUUUUAAUCACUGUCUUUCAAUCACUUUUUGUUUAUGUGCUGAGGUCAGGUAAACAUUCUGUCACUUGAGAGCUACAGGGUGCAUCUUUUUUAGAGACUAUAGUUGAUGUGCAGCAACCUGUAGAACAUCUUUUAAUAUCUUUUUAAGCUCUUAUCUUUCACACAUCUAUAAAUGGCUUUUCUGGUUUAUUUCCCAAUGAGAUUGUGGUUAUUUAAAAGAAAUGCCACAACCUUGCUUAAGUUAAGAAAACAAACCAUAUAAAGACCUCCUUAACGGUAAUCUUAAGCAACUAUGAAGUUCAGCAUGUGAUUUUUACAUUAUUAUAGUAAUAAAAAUGCUAUUUUGAGUAAAGUAAGUGACAGGUAGAUACUCGUAUUUUUUUUUCUAGCAAGAAAUAAGAAAACCGACAAAUGAUACGAAGACGAUUUAAAAAAGGGUUUUGGUGCCAGUGCUACAGGGUUUUAGUACUGUGCCAUCCACAUGUAUAUAAGUUUACAGUAACAGUGCCAGUCAUGUAUGUCAUUGUAGUGUGAUUUUUUUUUCUCUCACCCUGAUGAUUGUGGUUGGUGUUUCAUUGUGUAUGACUGAAGGACAGGCAUUAAUGUAGUUCUGUACAGACUUCACCUCAAAUCGUAUUUUAUUUGAAUUUUGUACAACUUCCUUAACUUCUACUGAUGGAAUUGUUAAAACAUUAUUUCCACUGUUGUCUUUA